AUGAAGAUAAACAACAAAACUGGAGCUUUCAUGGUUUUUCAGGCUCUCAAAGGAAGUGCGCUCUUUCUUCUUGUAUCAUGGACCAUCUUUGCGAACACUCUUGUAUUCAUUGUUCUCCACAAAAAUCGUCGAUUACAAACAGUCCCAAAUCUGCUGGUGGGUAAUCUAGCUUUCUCUGAUCUCUGCCUCGGGUUAAUCGUUCUACCGCUAUCGUCAGUAUACGCAAUUGCUGGUGAGUGGAUAUUCCCUGACACUUUGUGCGAGGUCUUUGUAUCAGCUGAUAUUCUCUGCUCCACUGCAUCCAUAUGGAACUUAUCAAUAGUAGGACUGGAUCGUUACUGGGCCAUUACAAGCCCGGUUACUUAUAUGAGUAAACGAUUAUUUACCAGUGACAAGGGUGGGGAAUUUGUAGUCAUCCCUCGUCAUCUAGACGAAGCCCUCACAUUACGUCACCUCCAAGACAGCUCCCUCUAUCGCUCUUCCACUGUCGAAGAACUUCUAGCGCAACACCGUAGACUCAAUAGGAUUUCAAAGCCGAUUUCCACUAUUCAUCGUGGUCAUCUUAUUGCGGUUCGCGCCGAUGGAGUGCCGGAAAUGUUCGUUCGCCCGUUUGAUGAAAAGAACCAGCGAACAAUUCUGCAGUUCGAAUACCUGCGGGAAAGCGAUCACGUCGCUCCUCUCGCGCUAAGUCCUGCUGACGCCACUACACUACACUACACUUCCCGCCCAUUUCGCUGCACUUACAAUGAGAUUAAGACGUAUAGAAAUAAGCAAACUGCCUAUAUUAUGAUACUUUCCGUUUGGAUAUCCAGCUCACUGAUUUCGUUGGCUCCGUUGUUAGGUUGGAAGCAGACGGCUAUUACUUCAAACCUCAUCUAUGACAAGAACAAUACGGUACGACAUUGCACAUUCCUCGAUCUCCCAAGUUACACAGUUUAUUCGGCAACUGGUUCUUUUUUUAUUCCGACGUUACUCAUGUUUUUCGUGUAUUUCAAAAUCUAUCAAGCCUUUGGGAAACAUCGCGCUCGGCAGCUUUAUCGUCAAAAGGUAAUAAGAAAACACAUAGAAUCUACUAUCCUCCAUGAAAUCAGUCAUGUGCUACCAGCUCACAAUGUGUUCGAUAAAGACGAAGAAGAAGACAGUGAAAGCUCAGAUCAAAUUGAAAACGAUAUCUGCAUAGAGAAUGUGCACACUGCAAAGGAAUGGGGCGACAAACCCAGCGUUGCUCCUGACUUCGAAGCCCCUUCCGAUACUCCUCACAGAGAUCGUCUUGUCGAUGGAGUUCCAGGAAAAUUCGUACGCCUAAUAGGCGACAUAGAAAAACAACUGCUGCAGUUCGGACUCCACUUUGCCGUCGAUGACAUCAUGCGAAGAAGAGUUGAGCAGUGUUCCGCCCAUAUUGUGUUAGCACCAUAUGCGCAUGUCCCUUGGUUGAUCUCGAGUACGUCGACGGUGUAG